GCGCGCUGAGGUGCGGGCCGGGCGCUGCUCCCCGUCCGGUGCUCCUGAGCGUCGCGCGCGGGCGUGGGUCCCGGGGGACUCGGGUUUUGCUUUCGGGAAGUUUGGAGCAAGCCACGCCUCCCGGCUCGGGUCGGUUCCUCAACUUGAACUUGAGGGCGCAACAAAGGAGAAGGGACCCCGGGUGCGUGGCCGCCGGAGCGUCCGUGCCCUCCCGCCGGGCCGAGACGCGUGGGGACCCUCCGGCUCUCGGGCGCGCACCCCACCGAGCCUGUCUCUCUCCUUGUGGUCAUGGAGGAGGCCGAGGCCGACUGCUCCGGGGCGUUCGCCGAGGCUCGGAGAUGGGUAGAGGCAGUAACGAAGAAGAAUUUUCAAACAAAGGACUUUCGAGCUUCCCUAGAAAAUGGCAUUCUGUUGUGUGAUUUGAUUAAUAAACUUAAACCUGGCAUCAUUAAGAAGAUCAAUAGACUGUCCACCCCCAUAGCAGGUUUGGAUAAUAUAAACGUUUUUUUGAAAGCUUGUGAACAGAUUGGUCUGAAAGAAGCUCAGCUUUUCCACCCUGGGGAUCUACAGGAUUUAUCAAAUAGAGUCACUGUCAAGCAAGAAGAGACUGACAGGAGAGUGAAAAAUGUUUUGAUAACCUUAUACUGGCUGGGAAGAAAAGCACAAAGCAACCCUUGCUAUCAUGGUCCCUAUCUUAAUUUGAAAGCAUUUGAGAAUCUUUUAGGACAAGCUCUGACUAAGGCGCUUGAAGACUCCAGCUGCCUGAACAGAAGUGGCCGUGACAGUGGCUACAGUGAUUUCUGGUGUUCUGACCGAGGAGAAUUUCUUGCUCCUCCAAGUAGACAUAAGAGGGAAGAUUCCUUUGAGAGCUUGGACUCGUUGGGCUCCCGGUCACUGACCAGCUGCUCCUCAGAUAUCACACUGAGAGGGGGGCGAGACGGUUGUGAAAGUGAUACAGAUUCAGAAUUGACAUUCAGAAUGCAGGAUUAUAACAAAGAUGACAUGUCUUAUCGGAGGAUUUCAGCUAUUGAACCAAAGUCUGCUUUACCAUUCAACCGAUUUUUACCCAACAAAAGUAGACAGCCAUCCUAUGUACCAGCACCCUUGAGGAAGAAAAAGCCAGACAAAAAUGAGGAUAACCGAAGAAGCUGGGCAAGCCCCGUCUACACAGAAGCAGAUGGAACAUUCUCAAGUAACCAGAGGAAAUCUUGGGGCACCAAGGUGGAGAAAUGGCCAGCAGUCAGAGGGACGUCAGUCUCCUCUUGUUAUUUGGAAGAGGAAGAAGAAAGGAUCACCAGCUUACCCAACAUUGUAAAGGAUGAUCUGUAUCUGCGAAGGCUAAGUCCAGUCAUGCCAAAUCCAGGGAAUUCUUUUGAUCAGUUUCUUCCUAAAUGCUGGGCCCCAGAAGAUGUGAGCUGGAAAAGGAUAAAAAAGGAGAAUUAUAAACCAUGGUAUAAAGAAUUUCAGGGAUUCAGAAGGAAUUCAGACUCUGAGGAGGAGGAUUCAGGCUGUGACAGAAGCUCCAUCAUUUUUAGUAGAUUACAAAAAGCAGAGCAUAGGUUAGACAACAACUGCCCAAGACCUUCACUCUUGCUGGAACUUGCCACCAAAUGGGCCAUAAAGUCACGGGACACUCACGCAGCCAGCAGGACCAGUGCUGCUUCGUCUGAGCACAGUCAGUUUCUAUUACUUCAGGCUCUCCAAACAUACUCUGACGACAUCUUGUCUGAAACAAGUGUCAGACUUGAUCCCACUUCCGGCCCAAGGCUCAUCACACGCAGAAAGAACCUCCCUCAUGCACCAGGCUUAAGAAGAGAUGACCUUGAGAUGCCGGCCUUGGAUCCUGAUUUAGAAAAUGAUGAUUUCUUUGUUAGAAAAACGGGGGCUUUCCAUGCAAAUCCCUGUGUUAUUCGAGCUUUUGAAGACUUUAGAAGGUUCUCUGAGCAAGAUGAUCAUGUAGAGCGAGAUAUAAUUUUGCAAUAUAGAGAAGGUGACCUCGUACUUCCAGAUUUAGAAAAAGAUGAUAUGAUUGUUCGCCGAAUUCCAGCACAGAAGAAAGAAGUGCCUCUGUCUGGGGCCCCGGAUAGAUACCAGCCAGUCCCUUUUCCUGAGCCCUGGACUCUGCCUCCAGACAUUCAAGCAAAAUUCCUCUGUGUACUGGAAAGGACAUGUCCACCCAAAGAGAAAAGUCCCAGCUGUAGAAUAUUAGUUCCGUCCUAUCGGCAGAAGAAGGACGAUAUGCUGACUCGCAAGAUUCAGUCUUGGACCCUGGGAACUUCCGUUCCUCCCAUGAGUUUUACCCCUGGUCCCUGCAGUGAGGCCGAUUUGCAGAAGUGGGAGGCUAUCCGAGAGGCCAGCCGACUUAGGCACAAGAAACGACUGAUGGUUGAGAGACUCUUUCAAAAAAUUUAUGGUGAGAACGGGAGUAAGUCCAUGAGCGAUGUCAGUGCAGAAGAUGUUCAAAAUCUGCGUCAGCUGCGGUAUGAGGAGAUGCAGAAAAUAAAAUCCCAGUUAAAAGAACAAGAUCAGAAAUGGCAGGAUGACCUUGCAAAAUGGAAAAAUCGCCGGAAAAGUUACACUUCAGAUUUGCAGAAGAAAAAGGAAGAGAGGGAAGAAAUUGAAAAGCAGGCACUGGAGAAGGCAGACAGAAGCUCCAAGACGUUUAAGGAGAUGCUGCAGGACCGGGAAUCUCGAAAUCAAAAGUCUACAGUUACAUCGAGCAGGAGAUUGUAUUCUUCUGAUGAUAUAUCGAAUGAUGAAGGGCUCGUUCCUUCACUGACUCAGUCGGAAGCCAGUUACCAGAGCCAGAGAGCAGAAGAGGAGGGAACACCUUCUCCUACUGAAUUUCCUAAAGAAGCGUCUACAAGUUUCCUGAAGACACAGGACAGUACAGCCACUGAGACAGGGCUUCCUUCUCUACCCCCGGCAGAAGAACAGCACUCAGCCCCUUUGUCUUCUCAGCAUUCACUGACUACACGAAUGGAGGUGACUCGAGUUUCAGCUUCAGCUUCUCUCCCCAGAAGCUACCAGAAAACUGAUACAGCCAGGUUAACAUCUGUGGUCACACCGAGACCUUUUGGCACUCAGUCAAGGGGAAUCUCAUCACUUCCCAGAUCUUACACGAUGGAUGAUGGUUGGAAGUAUAAUGGGGAUGUGGAAGGAACUAAGAAAACUCAGCACAAUUUGGCCAGCACUCCUGCCCCGAAGCCUGACACCAGCCAGCUUGUUUCCAGCGUGUCCAGCGAAAUGGAUGCAGCCACGGGAGAAGGUGUGACGAGGCUGCCUUCUCCCGAAUCUCCCUUCUCAUCUCUCUCCCAAGAGGAGGCUGCCGCUCCUAAAGCCACACUCUCCUCCACGUCUGGUCCCGAUUUACUAUCUGACUCUGGGGAAGCGAGAAGCUCACCACAGAGAGAGGUCUCAAAGUCCCAGGAUCAGUUCAGCGAUAUGAGAAUCAACAUCAACCAGACGCCUGGGAACAGUCUUGACUUUGGGUUUACAGUAAAAUGGGAUUAUUCUGGGAUCUUCGUGGCAUCAGUUGAACCAGGUGGCCCUGCAGAGAUUUCUCAGCUGCAGGUAGAUGAUGAAAUUAUUGCUCUCAACAACACCAAGUUUUCAUACAACGAUACAAAAGAGUGGGAGGAAACCAUGGCGAAUGCUCGAGAAACUGGAAACCUAGUGAUGGAUAUCAGACGCUAUGGAAAGUCUGGUUCACCCGAAACAAAGUGGAUUGAUACAACCUCUGGAAUUUAUAACUCGGACAAGUCUUUAAGUCUAUCCAUGACAACUGAUUUCUCUGAAAGCCUUCAGAGUCCUUAUACUGAACCAAAAGAAAUCAAUGGAAUUCAUGAUGAAAGCAACACUUUAGAAUCAAAAGCAUCUGAGCCUAUUUCUUUGAAAAACUUAAAAAGACGAUCACAAUUUUUUGAACAAGGAAGCUCUGAUUCUGUGGUUCCUGAUCUUCCUGUUCCAACUCUCAGUGCCCCGAGUCGCUGGGCAUGGGAUCAAGAAGAGGAGCGAAAGCGGCAGGAGAGGUGGCAGAAGGAGCAGGACCGCCUGCUGCAGGAAAAAUACCAACGUGAGCAGGAGAAACUGAGGGAAGAGUGGCAAAGGGCUAAACAGGAGGCUGAGAGAGAGAAUUCUAAGUAUUUGAAUGAGGAGCUGAUGGUCCUGAACUCAAACAACAUUUCUCUGACCACACGGCAGCCCACUGUUUCCAGCUGGGAAGCCCCAUGGAGUGAAGGCUCCAAGUCCUCAGACAGGGAAGGAAGCCGAGCAGGAGAGCAGGAGAGGAGCCACCAGGAAGAGGAGGUGGUUCACGAGGAUCCAAGACAGAAGCUGCAGGAACAACUCAUUCUUGAGCAAGAGAGGAAACUGAAGGAGCAGCAACAGAUACAGGAAGAGCAGGAGCGGAAGCAGCAUGAGGCCAUUGAAGCACAGAAGCAGCAGGCAGAGAGAGAGAGAGAGAGGGAGACUUCGGUCAAAAUAUACCAGUAUAGGAGACCUGUUGAUUCUUAUGAUAUACCAAAGAGAGAGGAAGAAUCUUCAGGCUUGCUUCCUAGUGACAGGAGUAAAUCCAGAUCAACUACUGAACUGGAUAACUACCCUACAAACAAUGGAAGCAGCAAACAUUUAGACCAAAUUGGAAGCGCUAGCUUUUCACAGAAGAGCUCCAGGAAGGAUCCAGUCCCCUCAGGGGCAGAGCUGGAGAGACAGCAAAUCCUCCAGGAAAUGAGAAAGAGAACCUCCCUCCACAAUGACAACAGCUGGAUCCGGCAGCGCAGCUCCAGUGUGAAUAAAGAGCCAAUUUGUCUGCCUGGGAUGAUGAGAAGAGGCGAGUCUCUAGAUAACCUGGACUCCCCCAGGUCGGGUUCUUGGAGACAGUCCCCAUGGCACAGUCAGCCCGCCGGGGUCUACGCCUCCUCCUCUGUUCAGGACUUCAGUCGCCCACCACCUCAGCUGCUGUCCACGUCAAACCGUGCCUACAUGCGAAACCCCUCAUCCGGUGUGCCCCCUCCUUCUGCUGGCCCAGUGAAGACCACCAUCACGGGCAUGGUGACCGCACAGUCCCCCACCCCACGCAGCCAUUCCCCUUCCACUUUACAGUCGGGGUCUCAGCUUCGCAACAGGUCAGUGAGUGGGAAGCGCACGUGCUCCUACUGUAAUAGCAUUCUGGGCAAAGGAGCCGCCAUGAUCAUCGAAUCCCUGGGGCUUUGUUACCAUUUACAUUGUUUUAAGUGCGUGUCCUGUGGGUGUGACCUCGGAGGCUCAUCAUCGGGAGCCGAAGUCAGAAUCAGAAACCACCAACUGUACUGCAACGACUGCUAUCUCAGAUUCAAAUCCGGACGGCCAACUGCCAUGUGAUGUAAGCCUCCAUUCGAAAGCACUGUUGCAGAUAGAAGAAGAGGUGGUUGCUGCUGAUUUAGAUCUAUAAAUAUGUGUUGUACGUUCUUCCCCCCUUCUUUUUUUUUAAAACAUUUUUUUGCCUUAUUAGAAUAUAUAGGAACACUGUAGUCUUGGUAGAUUCUAGAUUUUUGAUGUUUAUUUAUAAGAAGGUAAUUAUGUGUGUGGGGAAAAGUGCAGUAUUUGCUUUCUAAAUUCAGCACCCUAAAAAGCACAAGAGAAAAAGAAGAAGAACUGAACUUUUUUUUUUUUCCAAGGCUGAUAGUGAUCCUGGUUGACUCUUGAGUGGUGUUUGAAGAGGGUAUUUUAUUGUUUCUUUUUUUUAAAGGUUCUUGAACAUUUUCUGAAAUAAUAUAAAUAUGUAAUGGCACUUGCUCUGUUUACUGUAAUGUAUACUAAGUUAAUAUGGAACCACAUGGAAAUUUCAUUGAAAUCCACUCCUAAAUUUGCUUUUUGUAUUCUUUCAGCCUGAGUAAUAUGAUAGGAAAAUAAUUGCAUUUCUUGAUAUUUAAUUUACUCAAUGUGGGGGAGUUCUUUCUUUUCACCUGAACCAUGGCUAGCAAAUCUGAAAAUAAAGCUGCUUAUUUUCAAUAAUGAAAAAUAACUGUGGUUUGUACACCAGAAGUUAUCUUCAAAAACUAGUGAGCCUUUCUGUCCAGCUGAUUUGUAAAUAAACUUACUGAAACAUUU